ACCGGGGAGGGGGGCAGUGCGGGGGGCUAGGCCCAACGUGGUGGGAGGGCGGCAGAGUUGCGCCGGAGCCUUCACCUCCCAAGGGACAGUCGACCGGGAGCGGUGGGGCGCCGAGGGGCCGCUGGCGGCCCCACCUCCUCGCGGUGCGGUGGGUGUUGACGGAAUAUUUCGUCCUACGGCGGGACGGUCUGGGCAGCCGGAGCUCCCCGUGCGCUUUUGGCGGUGGCGUGCCGCUGGCUGUGAUGCGAGGAUGACCAUGGCUCAGGCUGGAGCCGUAGUUGCAGCUGCCACGGGACUUCUCAUCUUCUUCCUGUAUGCCUCUAUCCAUAAAGUUGAGGAGGGACACCUGGCUGUGUAUUACAGGGGUGGUGCGUUGUUAACUAGUCCAAGUGGACCAGGCUAUCACAUCAUGCUCCCAUUCAUCACCACCUUCAAAUCUGUUCAGACCACACUGCAGACUGAUGAAGUGAAAAAUGUGCCCUGUGGGACCAGUGGUGGUGUUAUGAUCUACAUUGACCGAAUAGAGGUUGUGAAUAAACUGGCACCAUAUGCAGUGUACGAUAUUGUGAGGAACUACACCGCAGACUAUGAUAAGACCUUGAUCUUCAAUAAAAUUCAUCAUGAGUUGAACCAGUUCUGCAGUGCCCAUACCCUGCAGGAAGUAUACAUUGAGCUGUUUGAUCAGAUAGAUGAGAAUCUGAAGUUGGCUCUGCAGAAAGAUCUCAACGUCAUGGCACCAGGUCUCACUAUCCAGGCUGUGCGUGUUACAAAGCCCAAAAUUCCAGAAGCCAUACGAAGAAAUUUUGAGUUGAUGGAAGCUGAGAAGACGAAGCUGCUGAUUGCAGCCCAAAAACAGAAGGUAGUAGAGAAGGAGGCAGAGACAGACCGGAAGAAAGCACUCAUCGAGGCAGAGAAGGCUGCACAGGUGGCCAGGAUUCACUAUCGGCAGAAGAUCAUGGAAAAAGAAACAGAGAAGCGCAUCUCUGAGAUUGAAGAUGCUGCAUUUCUGGCAAGAGAGAAAGCAAAAGCUGAUGCUCAGUACUACGCUGCUGAGAAGCUGGCUGAUUCCAACAAGCUGAAGCUCACCCCUGAGUACCUGGAGCUAGUGAAAUACCAAGCAAUAGCUGGCAACAGCAAGCUCUACUUCGGUGACCGCAUCCCCGGUGUCUUUCUGGAUUCCUGUGCCUUCCAGCAACCCAAUCUGAGGACUGCCCAAGAAACCAGCCUGCCUUUACAGGAGGCCCUGAAGACCUCUGAGGAAAGCCACCUCAUGGCAGGGGAAAACACUGGCUGACAGGUAGAAAGAUUGCCAGUCUAGCUUAGCGAGCUAGCCCAGCUGUGAGUGGGGAUGGUGGCCCGUGCUGGUGGGGCAGAUGCAGCAUACGCAUGGACAUCUUGUGGAUAGGUGCAGCUGGGGUGAUUUUUCUUCUAGCAACACAUUGCAAGUGCUCUGCCUCUUCCAUUCCUUCCCCUGUUAAAUUGGUGCUUCCAAAGGAGGGAUAAUCCUGUACUAACAUAACCUAUACUGGAAUAUUAAAAGACAGACACACCAGGAAGCCUUCUGCAGUAGGUGCAGUUAUUUAGCAAGUAUUGAUUAGAGGCAGGAGAUGCAGCUUCGAGUCUUGUUGCCACAUGCUCGUUGUUCCCUGGUGCUCCAAGUUGAGGCUGAGCCAAGACUUUUCCUUUAUCCUGCCAAUGAAGCUUGCUUUGCUUUUUGAACUUCAAGGCAGGUUUCUACCCACACUUUCUCCAAGGACUCCAAUGGAGUAGGCUCUCCUUGGCCAGCGUUCCUACCCAGGGUGUGUUGUGCCAAGGAGAGUCAGUUGGUGUGAAAUAGGUUGAGUAGGAACUGCACAGCCAUAAUCUUCUUUCCUGUAGACAGUGGCAUUAGGUAAGAACUCAGAACAAGGAGUCUCUGAGAGGCUUCUGUAACUCCCUGUCUCCAACAAAAGCCACAUGCUGGCUGCCUGUGACUGACUGUAGGAUGGUUCAGCUGGGUGGCUGGGUCCCAGCUUGCACCCUCAACUAUGGAGCACCUCUGAGCAGCCAGCCGGAAACAGAGGUGGGAAAUCUUUGGUCAGAUGCCAGCCUCCCCGCAGGUCUUUUCAUCAUGGAACGGGGGCUGCAUUUCCACUGCUCUGGCUGGCAAAGAACAAAGGAAUCCUGCUGCAUACAUCGGACACUUGACACCUCCACUGUAAAGCAGGUGAGGCAAGUGCUGCUCCUCAAGUUGGAAUCCAUUGCUCCAAGAAGAACGGGGACCUGCCUCCUGUGUCCUAUUAACAGCCAUGGCAGGGAGUCUGUGGCUGCUGCUCUCGUUGAUGGCCAAGCUUUACUGUGUUGCAGGGCUUUUGACUCAAGCAGUGCUAGCAGGGUGGUCUGUUCUGCUGACCUGUGUUGUGAUGUAUCCAGCUUCUGCUUCCUACUGCCACUGCAGGGCGAGAGAAAGAGAUGUGCCUGGAGUAGGGGAUAUCUGCUGGUGUGAUCUGCUUUCCACUUGCCCUCUGUCCUGCUUUGGCUAGCUUUGUUUCUGUGACUUGUUUCUUGUGCUCUGCAACAGUCUCAGAGGAUGAUGGCUGGACAAGUAACUGGCAAGAGCUUGAGCUGGAAAGCUGUUCCACAACUGGCAUCACUGCAGUAUUGCUGGCCCCUAAACCCACUGCAAGUUCAGAGAUGGCCUCUACUCUGCCAACCUUGAGAUGUCUGUGUGUUCAGUCUGUCUUCCUGUCCCUUUGGGUUCCCUGGAUGGGCUGGUUGGUGCUGGCCUUGAGAUCUUCUGUCCCUGGCAUGAUCUGCAGCCUCAUGCCUAGCUUUUUCCUUGGUGAAACAUUCAGCUCCCAAGGAAAGGCUUGUGGCUUCCUCAUGUGAGCUGUGUGGGUUUCAGGCUUUCCAGUGCUGUUCUCCUGUGUGGCUUGACUUGGAGGGUGGCAGCAUCUCUCCUCAAGGAAGUGUCUCAGCUUCUGCCCUGUCUGCUUCUCUCUUUAGGGCAGAGCAAGGAUGCAUUGACCAUGGUGAGACCCCACCUGGAGUACUGCAUCUAGUUCUGGAGCCCCUAUUACAAGAGGGAUAUGGAUGUGCUGGAAGGUGUCCGGAGAAGGGCCAUGAGGUUGAUCAGAGGGCUGGAGCACCUCUCCUACAAUGAGAGACUGAGAGAGUUAGGGCUGUUCAGUCUGGAGAGGAGAAGGCUCCUAGAUGACCUUAUUGUGACCUUUCAGUAUCUUAAGGGGGCCUACAAGAAAGCUGGGGAGGACUUUUUAGGCUGUCAGGUAGUGAUAGGACUGGGGAAUGAUAGAAAGCUGGAUGUUAGGAAGAUGUUCUUCAGCAUGAAGGUGGUGAGACCCAGAACAGCUUGCCCAGGGAGGUGCUGGAAGCCCCAUCCCUGGAGGUGUUUAAGGCCAGGCUGGGUGAGGCUCUAGACAGCCUGAUCUAGCGUGAAGUGUCCCUGCCCAUGGCAGGAGGGUUGGAACUAGAUGAUCCUUGUGGUCCCUUGCACCCCUGGCUGAUUCUGUGAUUCUGUGUCUCUUCUGCUGCUGGCCAGCUUGGGUAAUACAUGACUGAGACUUUGCAGCAGUUUCAGGUGGGCCUUCUUCCAUCUGUUUGCAAAAGUCCCAGUGCUCAGUUGGUGCUCAGCUUCUCUUCAAACCCAGCCAUGGCAGGAACAAGGAUUAGGGUCCUGCACCAGCGAUAGGUCACCUGCAGCAAUCUCAUCUUCCAGGGAGUCUGUAGGUGAGCAUGCAUUCUCAUGCUCUGAGGAGGAGAGCAAGGGUACUGGGGUCGCUAGGAGAGGUUACUCCAGUUUUUGCUGUUCACACCUGGUGCACUGGAGUUGUGAUGCACUCACCUGUCUUGGAGGUGCCAGCCUGAGCAGCACUAAGCCCAGUGUUUGCAUGAGAUGGGAGGAUGCUCGUGUUUUUACCUGCCAAAGAUUUGGGCAAGCUGCCCACUAGCCUGGUGGAGCAAGGGAUCAGGAUGGGUGUCUGCAAGUCAUGCUGGAAGGCAGCUCAGCUAGCGGGCAGGGCAGGGCUGAAACACAUUUCUGAUGGCAGCAUCUUUUGUAGCUGUAGCGUUUGAAGUGUCUUCUACGAGGAUUGACUUGCAAGGUCUCAUUUCUCCUGUGGGAAGGUCUUUGAGGAGCCUGUGGAGUCUCCACCUCUUUAACUCUCUACCUCCUCACUGCUGUUGGCUUGUAGUAGCCACUUUGGUUGAAUUUUGAAUCAAAGGCCUUGUAGAACAACACUGCUGGAGGAGAUGAAAACUUGUCUCCUUGUGAUACUUGCUGGUGUUGAGCACUGCUCGUUGCUGGCAUCAAACCCCAGGUUUCAGGCUGAAUGAGCAGGGUGGGUUCUAUCAGACUGGUGAUGACAAGCAAGGGCAUGAGGGAGAAACCACCAGAAGCAAUAAGCAGGCACCUGGCAGCUCUCCCACAGCAAGAUCCCUGUGUGGGGAGCAGGAAAGCUUUCCAGGCUGGUGCAGGAAGGGCUGCUUCCCCUUUUGCCAUUAGUGGCUGUAACUGGCUGUCAUCCUGCUCUUGUUGGGUGUGCAUCAGCCACCUCCCCUGGGUGGUCUGAGGGACACUGGGGGAUGCUUCUGCAGUGUGAAGGCCUGCAUCAAUAUGUAAUGAUCAACGCCUCCUGCAAAAGCUGCCUCCAUCCCUCUCUGCUUCACCAGCCAUCACUUUGGAAGCCUCAGGGGGUGUGGAAGAGAAGGGGAUCCUCAUGGCUUGAACACCCCCAGUCUAGGCUUUAUGUGGCUCUGAGCUGGGAGCUGUGGGUGCAGCCAGGCCGCUAGGGUUGAGCUGGUUUUUCUUUCUGUUCCAAAGGCCUAUGUGGCCCUGUGGCAAAGGGGCCUGCCACUAGAUCCACACUUUCUCCAAGGAGUCACGAUAUAGAUGUUCAAGUUUACACGCACAGUGUUAAAUUCUUUUGAUAAAGCAGAAUAAAAUUAUUUUGUUACCA